AUGUCCUCCAACUCCAAUCCCAAACUCCGGCACUAUGCCCACCUCGCCUCGCGUCUCCGUAAUCUCACUGUCGCUUUGCAGGAAUCAGAAGUACAGAUGGACAAGCUGUCGGAGCAUCUGGGGUCGAUGCAGAAGAUAGGUAUCAACUGUGGAUCACAAUUCAUGGCUGUAUCGCGGUUAUUGGAUGUCGAGCUGGGCGCGGAGGACAGGCGGAUGAGGGAGGAGGCAGCGAAGAAGGAAGGAGGAUCCCCAUGA